AGCAAAACAACAGAUCUGGAGGCGGAAGUUUCAGCGAAGGAAGGAAGGAAGGAAGGAAGGAAGUUUCAGCUGAAGGGCAAUGCUUUAUGAUGUGCUGAAAACAGUCAAGCCUUCAUCCCCUCGUCUCUCAUCUCCAUGCCUGGGGAGCUGCAGAGCCUGAAGCUGCGGAGCACCUGCUGUAUAAUCUUGCCUCCUUGUUUAUAGCGCCCCCUCCCUCUCACACCCCUCAGAAUGGAGGUUGUGGUGGCCAAGCUGCUGUGCCUUAUUGGCGUGUUUGUGCUCAUGAUUCUGGGCUCGCUGGUGCCGGUACGGAUGAUCCCAGUGGACUGUGAGAAACCCCAGCGCUCCCGGAAGAUCCUGGCUCUAUGCAACUCCUUCGGAGGGGGUGUCUUCCUGGCCACCUGCUUCAACGCACUGCUUCCAGCCGUGCGAGAAAGGGUGGCGGAGGUGCUGAAGCUCUUGAGCGUGCAGACGGACUACCCACUGGCAGAGACCAUGAUGAUGCUGGGCUUCUUCCUGACGGUGUUUGUAGAGCAGGCUGUGCUGACCUUCCGCAAAGAAAAGCCGUCUUUCAUAGACCUGGAGACCUUCAACGCCGGCGGCUCGGAGGCAGGCAGUGACUCGGAGUACGAUAGCCCCUUCAUCGCCAACUCCCGUGGAGACCACCGCGGCCACGGCCACCUGCUCCCCUCUGAGCUGACCCGCGCUGGACCACUUCGCCUGGCCAGCCUGGUCUUUGCCCUGUCCGCCCACUCCGUCUUCGAGGGGCUGGCCCUGGGGCUGCAGGAGGAAGGGCCCAAGCUGUUCAGCCUCUUCCUGGGCGUGGCCAUCCAUGAGACCCUGGCGGCCGUGGCCCUAGGCGUCAGCAUUGCCAAGGCUGUUCUGCCCAUGAGGGACGCAGCCAAACUGGCCACUGUAGUCAGCCUGAUGAUCCCCCUUGGCGCCGCAGUGGGCAUGGGCAUUGAGAGCGCCCAGAACCUGGCGGGCAGCAUCGUAUCGGUGGUACUGCAGGGCGUGGCGGCCGGCACUUUCGUCUUCGUGACGUUCCUUGAGAUCUUAGCCCGCGAGCUGGAGGACAAUCAAGACCGGCUCCUCAAGGUGCUGUUUCUCAUCCUGGGCUACGCAGUGCUGGCUGGCCUGGUCUUUGUCCAGUGGUAAGGCGAAGGACCAGUAUGUUUAUUUGUGGAACAUGAGACACCAGUACUGGCAAGGUGUUCCUUGAGACCCGGUGUCAGCUCAGAACAGUGAUCUCAGUGCUGUUUGCAAACCAUCCUGUACCAGGUGUGGCUGAUGGCAGUAAUCUAUCCCUUGCAGAGGAUGCAUAUCUCCCCUGAUAGUUGAGGUGUCAUAAAUGCACAUUGCACUUAAAUUUCUGUAUUGCAACCCCAGGGGCUGAUUAAAUGCAUUCCAUAGUGUACAGUGUACCGAAAUUUUAAGAACAACAUCCAGGCAGUUGAAACUUGUUACGGACAUUCAUUAGUGCAAAAUAAAUCUUGAAAGUAUUAUAGUCUAAGACUUUCAUACUUGAGUUACAUUUUGUUGUGGGCCACCUUUAGGAACUGCAUGACAAGUCUGCAGACUGUGUGUAUUAUCAUACCAUAGUUAUUGUCUUAAACCAUUUUUAAUAUAAACUUGCAUGAACAAUAGGGUCAACAAUCCACUAACACCUACAACAAAGCAACACAGUCAACUGACUGUUAAAUCAUUUCAAAAAACGGUACGCUUGCAUGGAAACCCAAGCCAUUUUCAACCCAUUUUAAAUAUAAUAUAUUUUAAUUCAUGCUGUGAGUGUUGGGAUUAGGACAGUAGCCCCGUGGUGUUCCAGUACUCACUAACUGUUUUUUUGUCUUGUGAUUAGUUACGCAAGUGAAGGUGAUGGUAAGUCACCUGGUAAGUGGAGCACUGCACUCCUUCCCUGACACAAAUAGCAGAAUUUCAGAAGGCAGGGUGUGUUCAUCUUUCGCCGCUCCCGAGUCAGCGCAGGGGUGGUAGCAGUGAGCUGAGCCUAAAAAUAAUUGGAUAUGCCAAAUUGGGA